AUGAGCGAUCUAGACAGGUACAAGUUGCACCCCGCCACCUUCCUAGAACUGAAGCUAAGAAUGAAUUACCAACACAGAGCGAUUGCGCAGCUAAGAGCUUGUCGACCUAUACCAGAAGCGCAAGUUAGAGAGUUAUGUCACAAGGCGAGGGAAUUGUUAAUUGAAGAGGGCAAUGUGGUUACGGUGACGGCGCCAGUGACGAUAUGCGGCGAUAUCCAUGGGCAGUUUCACGACUUGAUGGAGUUAUUUCGCGUCGGCGGAGAUGUACCAGAUACGAAUUAUCUAUUCAUGGGUGAUUUCGUGGACCGCGGUUUCUAUUCCCUCGAAUCCUUCCUCCUUCUUCUCUGUCUCAAAGUACGAUAUCCAGAUCGCAUGACUCUGAUACGAGGCAACCACGAAUCGCGGCAAAUCACCACUGUCUACGGCUUCUACGACGAAUGUCUGCGGAAAUACGGCAGUGCGAACGUAUGGCGAUAUUGCUGCGAGGUCUUCGAUUACCUAGCGCUGGGAGCCAUAGUCCUAGGGGCCUCGACAUCACUAGGAGAAUCUAAAGGCCUGAUGCCGGAGAAGUCGUCGUCGACGCAACCGGACGAUGAAGGUAUAGAAAUAGAACUGCUGAACCACACCGGUGGGGUCAUAGACAGGUUCCCUCGGGGCCAAGCGCGAAACGGCGCCCGUUCGAGUCCGUCGACGAAAAGCUCCUCUUCGCCAGCUGCAAAAACCGGUCCUCCGGGUACAGCCGCCUCGGGAUAUAGCCGCGGAUCAGUUGGGAAUACUAGCGGCGCUGUACUGUGCGUGCAUGGGGGGUUAUCACCAUUGAUCGAUGGCAUCGACAAGAUCCGGCUUUUGGACCGCAAACAGGAAGUCCCCCACGACGGCGCAAUGUGCGAUCUCCUCUGGUCGGACCCGGACGAGAUCGACGGCUGGGGCCUCUCACCACGCGGCGCGGGCUUCCUCUUCGGCGCCGACAUCGUCAAAGUCUUCAACCACGCCAACGACCUAUCCAUGAUAGCACGCGCGCAUCAACUAGUCAUGGAAGGCUUCAAAGAGAUGUUCGACAACAGCAUCGUCACGGUCUGGUCGGCGCCAAACUACUGCUACAGAUGCGGAAACAUCGCGGCCAUUCUCGAGCUCAGCGAAGACGGCAGUGGGGAGAGUAUGCUGGCGCGCAGUAACGGCGAGGUGAAUAGGAGUGAUGGCGGUGUGAUGAAACCGAGCGAUAGGGUAUUGUUGGCUGGGCCUGCGAGGCGGUAUAGGGUGUUCCAAGCCGCGCCGCAGGACUCGAGGGGGAUGCCGGCGAAAAAACCUGUGGCGGAUUAUUUCUUGUAG